AUGGCUGAGGUCCAGAAGGUUUCCCUAUUGACCGAGUCGAAGGCCUUAACACUCAUAUCCAACCUCAGCUGCCCCCAACCCGCCACCCGACCCGCCACCCCAACCAGUCGCACCAACCAGUCGCCCCAACCAGUCGCUCCAACCAGUUACCCCAACCAGUCGCCCCAACCAGUCGCCCCAACCAGUCGCUCCAACCUUUCGCCCCAACCAGUCGCUCCAUCCAGUCGCUCCAACCAAUCGCCCCAACCAGUCGCUCCAUCCAGUCGCUCCAACCAUUCGCCCCAACCAGUCGCUCCAACCAGUCACCCCAACCAGUCGCCCCAACCAGUCGCCCCAACCAGUCGCUCCAACCAAUCGCCCCAACCAGUCGCUCCAUCCAGUCGCCCAACCAGUCGCCCCAACCAGUCGCUCCAACCAAUCGCCCAACCAGUCGCUCCAUCCAGUCGCUCCAACCAGUCGCCCCAACCAGUCGCUCCAACCAAUCGCCCCAACCAGUCACCCCAACCAGUCGCCUCAACCAGUCGCCCCAUCCAGUCGCUCCAACCAGUCGCCCCAACCAGUCGCUCCAACCAAUCGCCCCAACCAGUCGCUCCAUCCAGUCGCUCCAACCAGUCGCCCCAACCAGUCGCUCCAACCAAUCGCCCCAACCAGUCACCCCAACCGGUCGCCUCAACCAGUCGCCCCAACCAGUCGCCCCAACCAGUCGCUCCAUCCAGUCGCUCCAACCAAUCGCCCCAACCAGUCGCUCCAUCCAGUCGCUCCAACCAGUCGCCCCAACCAGUCGCUCCAACCAAUCGCCCCAACCAGUCACCCCAACCAGUCGCUCCAACCAGUCGCCCCAACCAGUCGCUCCAACCAAUCGCUCCAACCAGUCGCUCCAACCAGUCACCAAGAACCACGAGAAAGGAAGAAUCAAACCAAUUGAAAGAGGACAUAGACAAAAAAUAA